AUGCAGCUCUGGUUGGACGCUAUGGACUUCUCCAAGUUGCACACUUUGUCAAUCGAGUAUGGGAACACUCGGCCAGAAGGGAAAAGCUUACUCGUUAAUCUUCCCCGAGCAUUAACAGGUCUCGAGAAUCUCUCUAUUCAAGUUCGGUGGUUAAAUUGGAGAAAACAUCUGGCAGACUGGGAAGCUGCCCCAGGGCCAUUACCAAAGAACAAGUGGUCUUCUUCACCGCCUCCUCCUGCCCUCGAUUUUAUCUUGGCAUUACCUCCAACAUUGAAGAAGCUUAUCUGGAAGGAGAGUGAAACUGUCCAUGAGGAUAUCUUCAACCCUGUUUUAAAGCAUCACGGAUCCUCGCUAUAA